ACACAUCGCUGACUCAGUUCGUAGUAUUACUGACUCACAGUUCGUAGUAAUUAGUCAACAACCGUUUAUGGAAACAUAUAUAUAUAUGAUAAAUAAUCAAAAUGUCGAACUAUUCUUCGCUAUUUCGAGUACUUUCGCCAUCCCGGGUACAAACUAAAUUCGAGGAAAAAUCACUUCCUGCUAGAUAUACCGACAUUAUGAUAUUUUGCCUCGUUCAAGGUGACGCUAUUAAAAACUCUUUCCCGAUUGAUACUAGAAAUUACGCGACCUUUGGGCACCUCAGAACAGCCAUAAAGGACGCGAAACAAAAUGCCUUCGUUGGUAUUGACGCAGACAGACUGACAUUAUGGAGGGUCGAUAUUAUUCAAACCAAGGAAAAUCAAGAAGUGAUCGUAAAAGAGCACAAAGGUGUAGAGUUGCAUUCAUUCGAAUCUGUUGGAAGUUAUUUUCAAGAAACACCCACUGGUACUAACAUCCGCAUCAUCGUGGAACCGCCACCGCCCGCCACCACUGGGAAAAGGAAAGCAGAAGAUUCGGACAAAGAUCAAAA